AUGAGAAGAAACUCUCAUGUCCGGUUUUGCAGUAGAGAUGGAAUUGCGAAACAACCAUCAACUAUAACCCCAAAAGAACCAGAUUCCGCACUUGAACCCGCUUGGAUUACGUCUAGGCAAAUAGAAGCAGGGCGGCGGGCAAUGACACGAAAUGUACGCCGCGGUGGAAAAAUAUGGAUACGUAUCUUUCCCGACAAACCAGUUACCCUAAGACCCUCGGAAACACGUAUGGGUUCGGGGAAAGGAUCUCCCGAAUAUUGGGUAGCUGUCGUUAAACCGGGUAGAAUGAUUUAUGAAAUGGGCGGGGUAGCAGAAAAUAUAGCCAGAAAGGCUAUUUCAAUAGCAGCGUCCAAAAUGCCUAUACGAACUCAAUUCAUUAUUUUGGGAUAG